AGCACCUCAUCAUCUUCCUCUCUCUCUCUCUAGUUAAUUAUAGUGCUUCAUUCAUAUUCAUAUUCAUAUUCGCAUACCAUAAACUAAACCCUUUUUGCAUGGGACAUCAUCUCUCUUAAACCCUUCAUCGCUUCCUACUCAGUCAAAGCUUCUCAACACACACAACUUUCUCAUUCACCCUCACAAAACUCAUGUUACUCCUUUUAGGUCUAUAAACACAAACAUACACUUGUAAUUACCCUUUUGUCCUUUUUCUUUUGCCUCUAUAUUAUAUGCAGUUUCUGAUCAAUCGAAAGUAACUAGUGAAGUGGUUAUGGAGAUAGAGGCAAGUAAACCUUCGGGGAAUAAUAAUAAUAAUAACAAUGGAGGAGGGGUGGUUCCGGCGUUGAGUCCUCUGAGUGAGACUCUUUGGAGGGAGAAGACGGACACGGAGUUCAUCGGAGACGUAUCGGCCAGGCUGACGUGGAAGGAUCUGACGGUUAUGGUCACUCUCAGCAACGGAGAGACGCAAAAUGUUCUAGAAGGUUUAACGGGUUAUGCUGAGCCUGGAACCUUCACUGCACUCAUGGGCCCCUCCGCCUUGCCGCCAAUGCCUUCCUCUCCGGCACCAUCCUCCUCAACGGUCGCAAAGCCAAGCUCUCCUUCGGCACCGCCGCUUACGUGACACAAGAUGACAACUUAAUUGGGACCCUAACAGUAAGAGAGACGAUAUCAUAUUCAGCAAGGCUGCGGUUGCCAGAUAAGAUGGCAAGGUCGGACAAAAGAGCAUUGGUUGAGAGCACGAUAGUGGCGAUGGGGCUUCAAGAUUGCGCUGACACAGUGAUAGGGAACUGGCACCUGCGUGGGAUCAGUGGUGGGGAGAAGAGAAGGGUUAGCAUUGCAUUGGAAAUAUUGAUGAGGCCUAGGUUGCUCUUCCUUGAUGAACCUACUAGUGGCUUAGACAGUGCUUCGGCUUUCUUUGUGACUCAGACACUGCGUGCAUUGGCAAGAGAUGGAAGAACAGUAAUAGCUUCCAUUCAUCAACCAAGCAGUGAAGUGUUUGAACUCUUUGAUCAAUUGUACUUGCUCUCUGGUGGCAAAACUGUUUACUUUGGCCAAGCGUCUGAGGCAUACGAGUUCUUUGCACAAGCUGGUUUUCCAUGCCCUGCUUUGAGGAAUCCAUCAGAUCAUUUCCUUAGAUGCAUCAACUCUGACUUUGACAAAGUCAAAUCAACUCUUAAGGGGUCCAUGAAACUCAGGUUUGAGGGAAGUGAUGAUCCCUUGGAUAAGAUCACUACUGCUGAAGCUAUCAGGACUCUUAUUGAUUACUACCGCACUUCUCAGCAUUCUUAUGCUGCAAUACAGAAAGUGGAUGAGAUAUCCAAAGUUAAAGGAACAGUGCUUGAUGCAGGGGGAAGCCAAGCUAGCUUCUUAAUGCAGUCUUACACGUUAACAAAGCGCUCCUUCAUCAACAUGUCUAGGGACUUUGGUUACUAUUGGCUUAGGCUUGUGAUCUACAUUGUGGUCACUAUCUGCAUUGGAACCAUUUAUUUGAACGUGGGAACAGGCUACAAUUCAAUUCUGGCUAGAGGCUCAUGUGCAUCAUUUGUGUUUGGUUUUGUCACAUUCAUGUCAAUUGGUGGAUUCCCUUCAUUUGUUGAAGACAUGAAGGUUUUCCAAAGGGAAAGACUGAAUGGGCACUAUGGUGUGACUGCAUUUGUGAUAAGCAACACAUUAUCUGCAAUGCCAUUCCUGAUACUAAUAACUUUUCUGUCUGGAACAAUCUGUUACUUCAUGGUUAGGCUUCACCCUGGUUUUUGGCAUUACCUCUUCUUUGUGCUGUGCCUUUAUGCAAGUGUCACAGUUGUUGAGAGCUUAAUGAUGGCAAUAGCUAGCAUUGUCCCCAACUUCCUCAUGGGCAUCAUAAUUGGAGCAGGGAUUCAGGGAAUAUUCAUGCUGGUGUCUGGCUACUUUAGGCUUCCACAUGAUAUUCCAAAGCCAGUCUGGCGCUAUCCAAUGUCAUACAUCAGUUUCCAUUUUUGGGCACUACAAGGACAAUACCAGAAUGAUCUAACUGGCUUGAUAUUCGACAACCAGACGCCGGAUCUUCCAAAGAUACCGGGCGAAUACAUCCUAGAGAAUGUUUUCCAGAUUGAUGUGAACAGAUCAAAGUGGAUAGACCUAAGUGUGAUCUUCAGCAUGAUUAUAAUCUACCGCAUAAUUUUCUUCAUAAUGAUCAAGAUCAAUGAGGAUGUGACACCAUGGGUUAGAGGGUACAUUGCCAGGAGAAGGAUGCAGCAGAAGAGUGGAACUCAGAACACAACUAUUGCACCUGAUGUUCUUGCUCACUCACCAUCUCUUAGAGCCUAUGUUUCUACUCAAAGAAGAAAUGGCACUUCCAAAAGUUGAAAAAAAAAAGAGUUUGAAAUGAACAACGAAUGAAAUUCUUAUGAUUUUUAUUUAUAUACAUAUUUUUAUCUUUUACAAUGUUGACAUCCCUCUUGGUUAGAAGAGGGUACUAAAAAGCUGAAAAGAAAUUCGGUGUGUUUAUGAUUGUUAUAAGAGUCUUCUUUUUUUUUUUUGUAAUUUUUCUGACCUAAUUUAUGCAAUAUAUAUGUAUCUGCUGCUAUUUUGAUA